AAAAAUAAAAUGUAUUAUGCGGAACGAAACCGUGGCAAAGCCUUUGACGGAGCGCAUUCGGCGACGGACACACUUCCGCUACAGGAAUCGCAGCAUGAAGAAGGAGCAAGUCGUCAACUGUCAGUUUUCGGUCUGGUAUCCGAUAUUCAAAAAGCAUACGAUUAAAAGUUUGAUUCUCCCACUGCCUCAGAAUGUGAUAGACUAUUUACUAGACGACGGAACAUUGGUAGUCUCUGGGAGUGACCACAACACACAGCGGACACACACAAACAGCAGCAACUCGGACGACGAGGAAGAUAUUCAGUGGUCAGAUGAUGAGACAACCACAACUGUCACAGCUCCAGAGUUCCCAGAGUUCACCUCCACGGUACUAGAGGCCAUAAACGCCUUGGGUGGUCGUGUCUUUCCCAAACUCAACUGGAGCGCUCCUCGGGAUGCUAACUGGAUUGCUCUGAACAGCUCCCUGCAGUGUCAGAGUCUUAGUGACAUAUUUCUGCUCUUCAAAAGCUCCGACUUCAUCACCCACGACCUCACGCAGCCAUUCCUUCAAUGCAGAGACCAUGACUCUCCUGAUCCACUCAUCAGCUAUGAGCUGGUCCUGAGGAAAUGGAGUGAGCUGAUUUCUGGUGGAGAGUUCCGCUGCUUCGUCAAAGAAAACAAACUUAUUGGUAUCUCCCAGAGGGACUACACCCAGUAUUACCAGCACAUUUCCAAACAGGAGGACCAGAUCUGUCUGUCCAUCCAGGAGUUCUUCACUCAACACAUCCAGUACAACUUUCUGGACGAAGACUUUGUGUUGGAUGUGUACAGAGAUAGCUGGGGUAAGGUGUGGCUGAUUGACCUGAACCCGUUUGGCGAGGUGACGGAUUCCCUGCUUUUCACGUGGGAGGAGCUUACCUCCGGGAACAGCCUCCCAGCCAGUCAGCAAGAAGGAGAGUUCGCCCAGCAACAGGAGGGCCCAGCAUUCCGUUACCCCACCAGCGAGGUGACAGUCCAGCCCAGUCCCUGUCUGAGCUACAGGGUGCCCAGAGACUUCGUUGACCUCUCCACCGGCGAAGACGCCUACAAGCUCAUCGACUUCCUCAAACUGAAAAAAGGGCAACAGGAGGACGAGGAGGAGGAGGAGGAAGAACAGGCCCGACAGUGACGCUCAUCAGCCUCAGUUAACCUCCCAGUCUCUCGGUCCGUGCUGCUACAGCGUGUCAUCGAUCACUCGUCUUGUCCAGUGGUUUAGGUCAAACUAGAGGACUACCCGUAAGCAUCAUUUGUAUACACACUUUAGUUUUACGGUGGGUAGUGAAUCACUUCUUCUUCAACAUAUAUUCUUUUUAGUUUCGUAUUCAUACUUGGGAAUUUUGAGAGGCGGAUCAGGGGUGUUUUAAACAGCUCGAACAUACCGGGGAUUAUUUAACGGGGGAGGCGUUUACCUAGUUUGUCAUGUAACCAGAUUUUUUAGCAUGUAUUCAUUUAUGUAAUCUAAUCGUCUUUGUCAGAGUCUGUCUUAACGCUGUUGUCUAGGUGGUCCGGGGAAGUGUGUGAUGGGAAAGGGGACUCCUCUGUAAUCUUGUGCUGUUAUUUGGUCUUCUCUUUCCACUGCGCUGUAUGUGUUGUGGGUGGAAAGCUCUCAUCUGAGGAGCGGGUCUUCUGCUGGAACCAGUGUAACCGUAAAGAACAGCCGCCUCGGUGCUUCUGUACAGUCCGAGCACGAGCAUUACUCAGUAAACCUCUUAGUUUCAGUUUCUCAGCCGGGAGGAACCCAAAUAGUUACAGCUGCAAGAAAAGGUUUGUGAACCCAUUUUGAAACGACUGGAUUUCUGCAUUAAAUACUCUUAAAAUGUUGUCUGAUCUCCAUCUGAGGCACAAUAAUGGACAAACACAAUCUGCUUAUAGUAGUGACAAACAGAUAACUGAACCUGCUCACAGAAAAUUGAAUCGGUUCAUCUGGACACGACGUUUACACAGCGUUCCAGAUGAACCAACUCAACUUUCUGGGAUUUCCUUACCUUAAUUAUUGAGCAGGCAUAAAAAGACAGUUGAACUUGUUCUCCUGAAUACUGACUGCACCAUUUAAACAGCCACAGUCUACUUUAAAAACGUCUGUGAACCUCUGGGCCGAUGACUCCUCCACAAUCUAGUUGGAGUCGGGGGUUCCAGUCCGUGAGAUGAGAUUGGAGGUGUGAGUUGUAGAGGUGCCUAUGAAACAGGCACACAACGUCCGGUGACUAACGAUGGCGAGAUGACGCUUCAUGAAGCGUUGGAAGGUUUCCAGCACAUCGGUUUGCGAGAGGGUUCCUACCCCGAAGGCUUCAUGUGCACACUAAGCCUUCUGCGGGUCAAAGAGGGGAAGUCAGGAAAAAGAAAUGAUAAUAGUAAUAAUCAUUACAUUCAUUUAGCGCUCUUCUAGACACCCAAAGCGCUUCACGUUGAAGGGGGUAACUCCCUACAACCACCACCAGUGUGUAGCACCCACCAUAUUACAGAUGAUGUCAAAAAUGUGACGUAUGUGGAAUAUUUGGCGCCCACUAGUGAAGGCCUGUGAAAGAAACUACUGUCAGCAGUGUGAAGUAAAGUAAUCCGUUUAUCUUGUGUAUUUUUUUUCUGGGAAGUACAUCAUGAUUGUAUAACGUAACUAUAAUAAAUUAAUUACCUUCUGAGUAAUGCA